UAAAGAUAGACUCAGAGUUCAGUUUAGCUCCUGAUAGCUCACUCGACAGGCUGUUGACUUCCUUCUGCUUUAUUUGCCUGAGAACUUCCGAGAUGUCCUCCAACCUCUCAGCUGAGUAUGAUGCAGAGUAUGAUUAUUCUGUGCUUACUCAGCAGAUCUUGGAGAAAACUGAAUACCUGAAGCUCAUCGGGAUGCUCUACAAGGUCACGUAUCUUUUUAUAUGUGUGGUUGGUGUGGCCCUGAACUUUUAUGUGAUCAUCGCAGGUGUUCGCAAGUUUCGAAGCCACAGGAGCCCCAGUGUUUGGGAGCAGCACACCUGUGCGUGGGUUCUGGCGCUGGCCGUGACUCACCUGGUGUUCUCCGGGUUCCUGGUGCUGCAGUUCCUCUACGCCUGGUGGCACUUUAAUUGGCAUUACGGAGCGGCUCUAUGCAAGAUUUCAUCCUACGUUUUCUACUUCAGCAUGUUCUCUACGGCCGCUCUGCUCAGCCUGAUGAGCAUGAGCAGCUGCGUCGGCAGCAGCGAGUGCUUUAAAGCCGUUCGAUUCAACAAACGAGGAAAGUCCAUGGUUAUUCUAAUGGUGCUGAGCUCCUGGACGUUCGGGGCAGUCCUUAGCAGCCCGUCUCUGUUUUCCCGAGAGCUUCGGUACACAGAACUGGGACUGCAGUGCAUCGACGACUUCGAUUUGGACAAGGAGAAGACCACAGGCGACGGUUUGGCCAAACUAACCACCGUCGUUCUCAGCAGGUUCCUGCUGGGGGUUCUGUUUCCUCUGUUCUUGAUGAUCAUCAGCGCAUGUAUAGCACGCCUGCGAGGUGUCCACAAAAAGGGCACUUGUCAUAAGAUCGCCCUUGUAGUCAAGGUGUGCUACUUCAUCUGCUGGGCGCCUCUACUCUCGAUGCUGCUCGUUCAGGUCAAAGAAGGAAAUAUUAAAAAAUUUAAAUACGGGCUUCCAGCAGCGACCGUGCUGGCUGCGGCUCACUGCUUCAUCAACCCCGUCAUCUACCUGCUGGUGGGACGCAAAACCAACAUGGCGUGGAUGCUGGAGAUCCCAGAUCAUAAAACAAAAGUGUCUCAGAAUGAAGACAUAGAGCUGUGAACAUGAUUGUGAGCAGCUGAUUUAGGAACAGUGAACCCAGAUCCAUCAAGAUUUUCCAAUGGACCACUGGAUCUCAGCCAAUUAUAGAAGUAACUGCAGCUGAAUUAACCCUUGUGCAAUUGAGCCGCUCUACCAAAGCCCCAAAACAAAGCAGCCUAAUAGAAAUUUAAAUCCGCCAAAGUUGUAUCUCCAGGAUGAUUAUUUUGAUGGCUGGUGUGAUGAACAGAAGAAGGGUGGAUGGGAUGAAAUGUGUUGGAAAUUGGCAGCUGAAUACACUGUUGGCCCUGGAGUCAUCCUUAUGAUGUUUGAUGCUGUGUGUAUUAGAAAGAGUUGGUGUGUUUUGGCCCUUUAUACUUUUUUUCUGGUGUUUAAAUGCAUUUCAUAAUUUAUAGGUCAAAAAUGACCCAUAAAACAAUCUUUGUACCCUAGUGGUGUACAGCCCAAGCCUUUAGGAAAAGUCAUGGUACCACUUUAAAAUAAGACUACCUUUAUGAAGAGUUUAUAAAUGGUUU